AUUUCCGGAUUUCCCUGAGUCAAUUUUCCCUCCAUGCUCCUACUUAUCCAUCGCUCACGUUUCAAGAUGGCUGAUUUUGGAGAUGAAGAUUUAUUUGCAGUUUUCGACAAUGUUGAGACGAACAAGAAAGAUGAGAAAGCAGCAGAAGUGAGAGAUGGAAGUGCUAAAGAUUCUGUUAAACGUAUUUUCCUACAACGUGGUGAGAAGCGUGGGCAUGAGGAGAGUAUAGAUGGUGUUUCACUCGAUGAUGGCGCUGAUGAGGGUGAUAAAUUGAAACGCGUCAAGAAACCAGACGAUGAAAGGUAUAGCAUUUUUAAAUUCCUUUGCUACUGUCAUUAUUUAUAUAUCAUAUAAAUAUCACCAUACAACUCCGUACAGGUUUGACACCAGAUCCCAAAUGUGUAAAAUGUGCUUAUGUAGUCAUGUUGGCGAGGCAGACGCAGACCGCCAGACCUAGGCUGCAUUCCCAAAAACCUGAUGCCGAAUCAGACUGCAUUCUUUGCAAAAUGCAUGCCGGAUGUAUAAAAUUAUCAAUGAAAUUGUCCUCUUCUUUCUUACCAAAGUGGACAUUUGCAUCCCAAGGUAAAAAGUUACAGUUCAAUGAAAUGGUUUAUUAGUGCAGAGGUCAUGUGACCUGGUUAUGCACUGUUGUGAGGACUCAACAUUCAAUCAAGUGGCUGAUCAAGGGAUAGAUGGAUCAAUAGACCAAACAAUCCUGGGGAAAGCUUGCAAAUGAUGUUGAAAUGAUUAUAAUCUUUAUUCUGAAUAGUUAAUCUGCUCCAGGAGCACUCUCUCACACCAGUGAUUUUCAGAGAGGUCUCGGAAAAGUUUACAUAUAUUCAUAAGUUAUAAGGUCCUAAUAUAAAUAUAUAGAUUACAAAGUCCUAAUACAUACAUAGAUCUACAGAUAAUUUAAUUAAGAUAAAAGUUCAGCUAGAAAGUUAUGCUUUAUUAAUUAAAGGCUUGAACACUAUUUGAAUUUCUAACAUAUUCACUAUAGGUUGUUACAUUCCUUAACGGCUUGAUACUUGAGCCUUUGCUUGCCCCAGUUUUUGCUUACUUUGGAAAGUCUAAGAUUAUCUUUGCUCCUACUAUUCUACUUAUAAAUAUUAGCAUUUAUCAAGAAAGCCAAGUUAUGCAAUGUUAAAUUAUUAAUAAGGCACUUAAGGUUACAUAGACAUCUAUGGUAUCGAUUGUGGUCCUCCUGCUGAAUCCAAACUGAAGAGCAUUCGUCGCUGAUGAGUACAAUGGUCUAUCUAAAAUUACUUUAGAGACUUAUUUUGUAAUAUUUUAAGGAGCUCGACCAUUAUUUCCACAUUAUCUCCCCAUUAUCUCUCCAAAUAAUAUCAGCAAAUGUUCUUCAGCUAUUAUGUUUUAUGGAACUUUGCAAUGUUCGGUCAACAACUAACUUCUGUAUUAUUAGGAAGCUGAUACUGAUUUCCAUGAUACUGCUAAAUGGAAUACAAAACUUUGGGGUUUGAGACUGGUGUGCACUGAAAACAGUGUUGUAAAUACUUGUUACUAUUAAAGCAAUAUGUUACUAAUUAUUUUUUGAGUAAUUGUUUGGUAAUCAAUAGACAACUUGCAUGUUAGACUAAUAUUUGAUCUAGGAAAAAAACUUAUUAAAAUUAGUAAAAUUGCAAAAUUUGGUUACAAAAUGUUGUAAAAUACAGAAAAUAUAGCCUUGCAAACUUUGCAUAUUUUGUUAACAAUUUCCGCACAUAAUACAAACAUAUACAAAAUUUGAAAACUUUGCAAGGCUAUAUUUUCCUAGCCUGCUCACAGCCCGAAAUUUCGUUCAAAGGCAAAUUUCCUCUUCACAUUUUUGAGUGGGGGCUGCGGGCUAUAUUUUCCAAGCUUUACAACAUUUCAUAACCACAUUUUGCAAUUUUACUAAUUUCAUUAUGUUUGUUUUAGCUGAGGUGUUUGAUUCCCUUCUCUUUACUUCUAAGAUUAAAAUUUAAUUUAAGGUGUAAGUUGUUCAUUAAUUACUUGUACAAAAGUAAUUCUGUAACAUAAAUUAUUUACUUUUUUAAAGAAACAAGUAACAUUUUGAAGAAAGUACAUGUAAUUUGCAAUACUUCUAGUUCUGUGUGCUUUUAAAUUUUUUUCGAAUGGCAUUGAAGUUAAAUGUCUGUGGAGGGUUAGGACUGGUUAUGCAGCUGCACAGAAAUUUCCCUACUCCAAUUAAGUAACAAAUUCAAUGCAGUUGAACUAUACAACUUUUUUUGUAUGUUGCUUAUGUGCACUUUGAUAUAAUUGUAGCAAUUCAAUAUUAGUAGUGCCUAGUAAGUAAAAAUUAAUCUGACAAAUAAUUAGUAAUCAAAAUGAAAAUUUGUUUCCAGAUUUCAGAAACUUUUGCCCAGAUUUUCCCUUAAUUCUUCAGGACUGGAAUAUUUCAAAGGUGUCUCGAUCUUCCUCAGCUAGAUGUGAAACUGAAACGUAAAUAAAGUUUUUGAUUGAUUGAAAACCUGUCAUGGAUAUUAAAUUAAUUCAGUAUUUAUUUUUAAAUGAUGUAUUGUAGUUCUAUACUUGAAUCAGUUCCUGUUGUUGAAAUCAUUACUGUGGACACUUUUGAAGCUUGUACUCAUGAGGUAAGGAAGUAUAUUUGCGUUAACCAUUGAGCGCGCUUUCCUCUUGACAGGAGAAAUUUCCCGGAAUUUGGCAGUGAGAGCAUUAGGGUACAAUGCAACUUAAUGGUUAAUUACUGUAGACACAUGGGCAGAUAGUCUUAUUAAUCUACUCAGUGCCAGCACUCUCCCCUUGAUGAGUAAAAUUGUCAGCGUUCAGACAGUGAGACCAAAAUGGAGCAGCUGAGAAAAUGGUAAAUAGGGAUGAUUAGGGCGCAAUGCAACUUAAUGGGUUAAAAACAUAUAGAAAACGAUGUAAAUGUACAGCCAUUGUUACUACAUUAUAUAUGUAACAAGUUUUAAUUAAACACAUUUAUUAAAUGUCUGCAAGCUGGUUAAAUGGUUAAAAACCUUGUAUCUAAGUGAACAAGUACGAUCGUACUAUAGUGGACCAGAAACUGCGUGACCCAGUUUCGAUCUUGUGCAAAUCGUUAAAUGUUCAAAACCUUCGAGAUUUUGACUUGAUAAACAAAUAACUAGACACUUGUAAAACUAAUGUUCUCGAAGUUGGCAACGUAGACUGAGUUCGCUAAAUGUUUUGCUUUAAUUUGGUCAUGCAAGAUAUACUUUAUCCGGGCAAAAAUAUGUGUCUGGUCAUGCCGUGUAUAAAUGAGUGUAAAUCAGGACAGAUAACUAAAUGCGCAGUUUUCAAAAGUGUAUACACGCAUUCGAAUUUCCCACAAUAUUAAGACUAAACAUGCCGUGCCUAAAUUUAACUUUUGCCGUAACAAAUUUUGCCGUGCCGUGCCUGCCAUUGCAAAAUAUUGCAGCUGCAGUCGUGCACGUGCCGUGUAAACAGGACUUAAGUUAAAGGUAACAAGUUAUCUGAAUUGUUGCUAUAGGUUAAUGCAGUUCAUUUCGCUUAGUCUUGGCUGCAUAACUACAUACUUGUGCUAAAAACAAAUUGACAUGUCUUUGUUUUUUACGGUUCGCGAUUUUCCGGCUAUGACUAUGAAUAUUAUAUGAAAGCCAGAUAGGAGUAUAUUACUCUUCUGCGCUUUGGGAAACUAAGCCAGCGUGCAUGUUAAAUUAAUUAAUCGUUAUAAUUAGUCGUCCACAUUCUUGAGAAGCUUUAGAUUAUUGUGAUUGUGUUCACAACGAACAAUAGAGAAGACAAUGUCUUUCUUAUCAUUUGCGUUUGCUGAUAUACUUGCUGAAUAUUAAUGAUAUGCAGUGGCGUAGCUAGCGAAAUUCGACAGGUCCUGCUCUAAAACUCACACAUUCUAGGGGGGUCCGGGGGCAUGGUCCCCCCGGAAAAUUUUUAAUUUUAGAAGUCUGGAAUGGCCAUUUCCUGCGAUUUCACGGCAAAAUACUCCAAAGGGAGCAUAAAAAAAUUAGAAAAAUUCAAAAAAUAAAUCACUUUUUGACUAUAUAUUUUUCAACUUAAAAAUUUAGCUAAAUAUAGUCAAGUCGGUGUAAGAGGAAAAUAUCAUGUUUUCAAUACACGUCUGUAAUAUGAUCUUUCAGUUGGUCAACGCGGAAUUGCGUAACUGAACAAUUGUUGUAGUGCCUGUUGAAUAUACAACACUACAAUGACUACAUAUACGGCUAGCAUUCGAUAAAAAAUUACUACGUUUGGUUAGUAAUGUUUAAUAAACCAUAUUAAAAGGAGUGGUAUCAACUACGAACCACUACGCUUGGUACUCCGUACUCUGAUUGUAUAAUUCAGUACGCUAUGCCUAUGGCUAUGGUAUUUAAAUAUAAUAAAAUUGCCGUAGCGUACUAGCGUUUAAAGUAAAUAUAGUGUAUUAAAAUGCGGCCAAAUAUCUACAUAAAUAACAUAAACUUUGUAAAUCUAAAUGGUAGCUAUAUUAUUUCCAUAUAAGCGCUCGUGUUUCAUGCCUCGUUUCAUGCAAUGCAUAAAGCAGAUGAACUGGCAAAUAUAAAUACGUUCAUACUUUAUAUCAAAAUACGACACAAAAUACACGAUCGAGUCUGUUGACAUGCAUUUCGUGAGCUAAAAUAUCUUAGCAGGAGCCAGAAAUUAUAUCCAAAUCACAAUGGGCUUCCACGCUGGUUGAUUUCCAUAUUCAUCACUUGAGGAAUCUUGACAGAGUUAGUAAAAAGUGGGUUUAAUCACGCGAAAAGCUCGCAAGUAAAGACAAUACAAGGCCAAGUUCUGCCAUUUCGAGAGAGCAGGACUUCGCAUCAGGGCUGCCACUCUCCGUUCCCUAUUUUCACCUAUGGCGGGCACUGAAAUCCCCUACGUUUCCCCUACAGCACGAUAUGCAAUUGUCCCCAAUGUUCCCCUACGUUCCCCUACAAAUAUUGUAUUUUCCCUACUAAUAUUGUAUAUUUGUAGGGAAAAUACACUGGGCUGUAUAAUAACUGGAGGACCUGCUCUUAUACUUACUACACAAUAGAGAGUUAAGCUUCACGUUCAACGACGAACGUCAGGCAAAGAAAAAUUCUACGAUAAAAAGCGAUAAAAAGUAAAUGGGCUUGUUGUUUCAUAUGAAGGAAAAUAUGACACGCAGAAAUCGAACGACUUUAUGCCAAGAAAAGUCGGCCUUGCCGUUUGGCGCUCCCGCAAACGUGAAGCUCAAACUCCCUAUUACUCUAAAACCCGAGCAAAAUUGCAAAAAUCUAAAGUUUUUUCAAAUAACCAGGGGGUGUGGAAAUUGUAGCGGGCUCAAAUCCGAGCCUGGUCAGUGGUGAGAAUUACGGACCAGUUGUCAUGGAAAUGCCGUAAGCAAAGGCCAAAAUCCGCCAUGUUUUUGGCUGCACUUUUUUCGCGUGAAGGUUCUCCUGGGAAAAUACAAUAUCACUCAUCACCAUACUCAUCACAUGAUAUUUCAGUGCUUCCACAUUCAAAUUUAAAUUUCUAGUUUCCAUAAAAAACCUGCAGUUCCAUACAAUGUUCCAUACUCCAUAGAAGCCAUAAAAUAUUGAAAUUUACGGAAGAACUGAUUUGGAUAAUCACAAAAAGAGAAAUGCGACUUUUGUAGGUAAACCGUAAAAGAAACCCCCUACGUUCCCCUACAAAUUACCAUUUUCCCCGUAGGUAUUCCCUACUCCCUACAAGAGGUGAUAAUCCCCUACUGUAGGGGAAUCCCCCUACGAGUGGCAGCCUUGCUUCGCAUUUGUAAACAGCCGAUUUGAGCAUGCGCAGAUCUAAUUAUCCAAUCAGAAACCAAGAUUUCUUGUAUGAAUUUACUAUGAAAUAUACUAGCAAGUCCUGCCAUUUGAAAAUGGCAGGACCGAAACACGAGCGCGUGUAAAGCAAUAUAUUGCCCAGAAAUGAGCUUUUAUAGAGCUGCAGUUGCUAGGUAACAGACACGACAAGCUGUAAAAUUGCGUAAAUGUAAUAGAAUACGGAAAACUUUUAAAAAAUAAUAACGAAAAUACGAGAAAAUUAUACAAAAUAACAGUAUGAUAAUAAUAUAUUUUUAAAGCUUCAAGAUAAAUAAAGUAAUGUUUUAGUAAGGAAAUUUGGCGAAUUUUUUAGUCCUGCUGGGCAGGACAAGCAGGACCGCUAGCUACGCCACUGAUGAUAUGUGUAUAAUAUUUGCUACGAAAACAGACAAAAAUUGCUUGUAUUUCGCUUCUAAAGUCAAAAAUGAAAAAUCGAACACCGUCAAUCGAUGCGGAAUAUUGCUUAGAAUAAUUGUGUCAACUUUCAUUCCGAUCGGACAAGAAAUGACGGAGCCUUAGGGUUUUUUCAAAGAGCGUCGCCCCCUAACAACAACAACAACAACAACAACAACAACAACAACAACAACAACAACAACAACAACAACAACAAGAUUAGCAGUGAUUGGGGACCAGUUCCUGGUCCAAAAAUUGUGCAACCUAGAUUUUUAUAUUUACAAUUUUUUUGUUUUCAAAUAUACUGUGAAGGUAUUUGUCCACGGGUUCUCUGGUUUACUCCCCUUGCUGAAAACUAAACCUUCCACCUUAGAUGUGCUUUGUAACCAGAUAUUGGUCGUAGUUAGUCAGACUGUGUGAACGUCAUUGGCAAGGCCCCUAACUUUACAUUGCCGCUAAUGCAACAUACAUUUUCUUCCAUCAGGUUGCAGUCCCACAAGGUGUUACAUAUACUGAACUACAAGUUCCUACAACAAAACCAGCCAAGGUACCUUUCAGUAGAUCACUUUCAAAUACCGGUAAUGUCCCUGCAAAUGCCGGUUGUCAAACAGGGGUUAAAAUUUACAGUACAUUUGCUUCAACUAUAGACAACCAGAAUAAGUUUACUAUUUAACAAUUAUUCGCCGAAGGCGAGGCGAAUAAUUGUUUUAGUAUUUUUACACAAGCUUUUGUGUUUUUUGAGACUGAAUUUAUUUAAUUUCGCUUAUUUCUUUGUCAGUAUAAAACUUCCACAAAACGCGGGUAGCCGCCAUUUUGAAAAUUUCUGUUUUGUUAUAUUCACCUGUAGGUGAAUAUAACAGCUUAUUACGUCAAACCAAUCAACCUGUAGGAUUUGUUAUGUUCCCUUGUACAAAAAUACUAAUACUAUUUACUGAUGAUACUAUUUACUGAUGUCUCUGACGCCUGUUCACAGGCUAGUGUCUCUGAUAAUUGUGUUGUAAGUCGCACAACCUCUGAACUGAAGAUCAGCAAACAAACACAGCAAACAUCUACCAAACAACAAGAAUCUACAGCUAUCAAAUUCACGUGCAAAAAUUCACGUGAUAGUAAAAUGAUCCUCAAUAAUGUAGCAGUGAUAUUAUAAAUUGACACUAACCACAAUUUUUUCUACUAUAUACAAACGGAAUACCGAGAUCAUGAAGUUUAUACUAUUGUGUCAGGCAUUUUACUAAUUACUAUAUACAGAAUAGCGUAAAUUUCGACCCCUGUAAUAGUGUAUAUCGAGUUGUGUUGAUGGAGGCAAAUAAAUAGAAUAGAGAGAUGUAAGUGUAUUGGCUAAGCAGCCCUCGAAAACGAGGUCGGCAUUCGGCAAUUGCCGAUCUAAAUGUCGACCUAUCAACCUCCCUGCAGGUUUGCCGACCUUAAUUCAGUCAAAGUAAGAAUUUUUUGGUGCUGAUAUAUAGCUGUUAAAAAGUCAGCGAUUAUAGAAUAUGAUUCGUAGUUCGAUUAACUGAACACACUUCGGUGUAAGGUUUAAAAAUUGACGGGUUCUAAAUGAGUAAUUUAGGUAAGACUCCAAAUGAAAAGCCGUCGUGUUACUGUAGUUCGCGUUUCCGCAGAAAACGGCAUGCUUUAUAUUCCGAUUUCAAUGAUUCGUAAAUACGUGAUUACUAGUGCUCCAAGACAUGGAAACAGAUUUUAAAAAAUGCCGACCUAGGUCAGAUUCAGACUUCCUAUAAAGCCCCCUUCAAAUGUAAUCAUUAUUUCUAGGAAUAUCCAUUUGUUCUUGAUCCUUUUCAAAAAGAAGCUUUGAGCUGUAUAGAGAAUACUCAGUCAGUGCUGGUCUCUGCUCACACCUCGGCUGGAAAAACUGUUGUGGCUGAGUAAGUCAAUAUACUUACAGUAUGGAUUUUGUAUUGCUUAAUAUAAUACCGUAUAACAGGGUGCCCCCAAACAUGUCCCAACCAUAUUUUGUGGUAUUAAGGUCGAUUUAUACUACACUGACAACUUUUGCCAAGAAGGAGGAAUUUCGUUCUCGACCAAUCGAUACAUUUGUUGACAUUUUCGCUCUAAGCCAAUCAGAAUGCGUAAUUGGUUACUACUUCCGGUAAAAACAGACAUUUGAACAGAAAAUAUAGGGUCUUAAAUAAAGUUUCGAGGGGAUUUUUAAUUUGUCAGGAUUUUUAAUUUUUUGAUUGGAUUCAACGUGACAAGGCAAAAUAAGAAAUUUUCUAAAAAUUCGCCGCUUGGAUUUGCGUUUUAUUACUUAGUUUUAAAGUUAUCGGCAUUCGAACAGCGGCGUAUAAAAAGCGCGAAAUAAAACGCAAAUCCCAGCGGUAAAUUUUAGAAAAUUUCUUAUUUUACCUUGUCACGUUGAAUCCAAUCAAAACACUAAAAAUCCUGACCCCCUCGAAGCUUUAUUUAAAGACCCUAUAUUUUCUGUCCCAAUGUAUGUUUUUCCCGGAAGUGGGCUUUUUGUGCUCGCAAUGCUCGCAGGGAAACUACCUACAAUAACCAAUUACGCAUUCUGAUUGGGGUAGGCUCGCAGUAGCUCGGAAGAGUGAUUUUCAUUGGCUCGAUUUGACAAUUGCUUUUGUGUUUAUAACAAUGAAUUGCUUCGUUCUUUAGAAAACCCCCAUCCAAUUGGAGUCGACCUUCCGAGGCACUGCGAGGCUUCCCUCUGAUUGGCUUAGAGCUAAAUUAGUAAAUUGUCAACAAAUGCGCUGAUUGGUCAAGAACGAAAUCCCCCCUUGUUACUUUUGCCUACAACUGUCACAUGCAACCUGCUUACAACCUGAGUUGUACUGUGUAAAUCAAGCACACAACUUACCUACGACAACGUAGGCAAAAGUUGUGUAGUGUAAAUCGGCCUUUAGAACAUUGGCCGUAAUAAAGAGGUGACCGUAUGCACGGGGUGGACGUAAGGCGGGAUGCCACUGUAUAGGAGUUAGUUCCCCAGGGAUAGUGCUGCUACUCAGCUGUUUAAUGACUCAAUGUGAGUGAAUGUGCAGAAACCUGUGCAGAAUAAAUUAACAUAAAAUCCAUUCAAAUUGUAUUUAUAAAAUAACCAAAUGAGUAAAUAGACAGCAUUUGGUUUUGUGUAAUUUGUAUAUUUGUUGAGGUAAUUAGUGCGAUCAUGGAUAAUAAAAUAAAUGGAUAGGAAACUAGCUGACGUGACCUAAUGUUUUCAAUGGCCUGAUGGCGUGAUUGGAUGUUGAAACCUAGUUGCAAACAAAAUUCUCAAAAACUGCAUGUUUAGCAAUAAUACAGCUAAACAUUUUAGUCAAAGAGCAAAUAAAUAUAACUACACCAUUCUACGAUGAAAUCUCUAAGUAUUCCCAGUCAAUUUUAGCAAAUAUUUCAAGCACUAAACAGGGAAAAUGCAUCGCAAAUUUCGUUAAAAUUGGCGACGCCAAUUUCGUAGCUACAAAUGUAAAAAAAUACAAAACAAAGACGAAAAACAUUUACCUUGAAUACUUUGUCGUGGCUUAGGCAUGUUUUUAAAACAAUUAGACCAGUUUAUGCUUCAAUAUUAUCAGAAUGUUAGGGUUUGUAAUCCAAGUGAGAAUAUAUACAUUUUAAGACGUAACCAGGAACGACUGCGAAAAAUGCAGCACAAGGUCCUCUGGUAGGAAUUGAACCUACGGUCCUGCGAUUCCGGUGCAGCGCUCUAACCAACUGAGCUACAGAGGCCAGCUGUUGAGCUGUAACCGUAAGUUCAUGUAUAUAUAGGUAAUCGGGUGUGCGGAUGCUUCAAUAUUACUCUUUUAAAGCGGAAAAUAUAGCGAAACAACAAAAAUGCUGAGAACUUUGGCAAUACGCGUGACGUCACAGAUUGCAACUAGGUUUAGACUGUGACGUCAGGAAGUUUCCUAUCCAGUUAUUUUACAAUCCAUGGUGCUAUAUAAAGGUAGAAAGGUUUAAACUUUUCCGUCUGUAUACGUAGUACCUAAACACCCAACUGGAAUGCAGCAUAUAGUAAAUAUAUUUAGAGUUUUAUAUAAUCUCAAGGAAGGUGUUAUUGGAGAAAUAUGUAUUUGCCUUGUGAUGCUGGUCGAAAUGAGAGUUACUGUCUAUAUUAUAACAUAUACUGACUGCGCAAGGUGAAUGUUUAGCAAUGAAAUUUAUAUCUAUAUUGUAUUUUUAUUUCAGAUAUGCAAUAGCUUUGUCUUUGAGAAAUAAACAACGAGUGAUUUAUACAACACCAAUUAAGGUUUGUAAAUCUUACUGUACUCAGUACAUAGACAAGAAAAACACUCUAUUCCGAGUGAAACUACACUUACAACGAAGCACCUUAAAUUUUGAGAUUGCUCUGAUAGGUGUGCAGAUAUUUGGCACAUCUGCAUUGUUUUGACUCAUGAUACAUUCAGAAAGCACGUUCAAAACAUUUGUUUGAUUUGAGAUAUAGCAAUGUUUGCGAGAGGUCCUAUGUACUGUAAUUAGUAUAACCGCAUAAACAAUAUCAUGAAUUUCGAACCUGAUAUGGACAAUGAACAGCGCAACAGUACCUUGGCCUUGGUUCAACUUAUGAUUUAGAGGUCUGGUCAACAACUCGGAGAUUUUGCAUUGAGUUUAUUGAGUUUCUCACUCGUUGGUGAGCGGAUUUCCAAACAGGUUAUUGCCCAAUUGAUAGGGCAUCCGAGGUACCUACGAUUUAACGUACUUAUCCGACAAGACGCAAAGGUCUAACCCUGGCAAUGUAAGUGUAGCUCUUUCUCGUCAAUUUAAGACCUUGAGUAGAGGUCCGACCAAGGAUUGAACCUUGGACCCCAGCUUGACCCACAACAUCACAAGUGCUGGACUGCUGGUUUAUAUGUUUCCAUUCCCACAGGCUCUGAGUACUAUAUGCAUGUGGCCAGACCUUGUUUGAACUCCCCCACUGUUACAGGGUUGGUGUAAUAUACGACAACUCUGAGAUUUUAUGUACAAUGUUUGCAUUCCCACAGGCUCUGAGUAUUGUAUGUGGCCAGACCUUGUUUGAACUCCCUCACUUUUAAAGGGUUGGUGUAAUAUACAACAACUCUGAGAUUUUAUAUGUAAAAUGUCUCCAUUCCCACAGGCUCUGAGUAUUGUAUGUACCCAGACCUUGUUUGAACUCCCCCACUGUUAAAGGGUUGGUGUAAUAUACGACAACUCUGAGAUUUUAUAUGUAAAAUGUCUCCAUUCCCACAGGCUCUGAGUAUUGUAUGUACCCAGACCUUGUUUGAACUCCCCCACUGUUAAAGGGUUGGUGUAAUAUACGACAACUCUGAGAUUUUAUAUGUAAAAUGUCUCCAUUCCCACAGGCUCUGAGUAUUGUAUGUACCCAGACCUUGUUUGAACUCCCCCACUGUUAAAGGGUUGGUGUAAUAUACGACAACUCUGAGAUUUUAUAUGUAAAAUGUCUCCAUUCCCACAGGCUCUGAGUAUUGUAUGUACCCAGACCUUGUUUGAACUCCCCCACUGUUAAAGGGUUGGUGUAAUAUACGACAACUCUGAGAUUUUAUAUGUAAAAUGUCUCCAUUCCCACAGGCUCUGAGUAUUGUAUGUAGCCAGACCUUGUUUGAACUCCCCCACUGUUAAAGGGUUGGUGUAAUAUACGACAACUCUGAGAUUUUAUGUAAAAUGUCUCCAUUCCCACAGGCUCUGAGUAUUGGAUGUGGCCAGACCUUGUUUGAACUCCCUCACUUUUAGAGGGUUGGUGUAAUAUACGACAACUCUGAGAUUUUAUGUACAAUGUUUGCAUUCCCACAGGCUCUGAGACUUCUGAGUAUUGUAUGUAGCCAGACCUUGUUUGAACUCCCUCACUUUUAGAGGGUUGGUGUAAUAUACGACAACUCUGAGAUUUUAUAUAUGUACAAUGUUUGCAUUCCCACAGGCUCUGAGAAUUGUAUGUGGCCAGACCUUGUUUGAACUCCCUCACUUUUAAAGGGUUGGUGUAAUAUACGACAACUCUGAGAUUUUAUGUAAAAUGUCUCCAUUCCCACAGGCUCUGAGUAACCAGAAAUAUCGUGAGCUGUAUGAAGAGUUCCAGGAUGUUGGUCUAAUGACAGGUGACGUCACAAUCAACCCAAGUGCGAGUGCCUUGGUCAUGACGACUGAGGUAGACCAUGGAUUUCAUUAAAAUUCUGUCAAAUUAGUUUGUGUUUAUACACACGGAGAUGCUUUGUAGUUUAGUUUGUAACUAAACUUUUGUAAUUAAACUUUUGUAUUUGAAAUAUUUUAUAGAUCUUAAGAAGUAUGUUAUACCGUGGUUCAGAGGUACAUAAUAAUGCUUCUCGUUUCAUUUCGCCUAGAUAAGCAUUCUAUUUUUUUAAGAGGAAUCUCGUUCGAUAGUGUUUCACUUGUCUUCAGCAUUGUACUGUAGGAAUGAUAACUUGGAAUAUUACCUGGCUUUGUUCGCCGUUGUAUAAAUGUAGUGGGAUUUUCCCAGAGGGAUUUUCCCGUGUUGAGUGUUGGCAUGCAUAUAGUAUUUUUCAGUGUCUCAAUAGUUCUGGGAAUAGUUUAGUCGUCAAAGCACUAAUAGGUUAAACCGGUUUCAAUUCCUGGUUGAGGUAUUCAGAAAUCCACUCUCCACCACGUGUUUCAUUUGAACACCACAAGUUGUUAUACCUACAUUCACUGCUGACGACACCACGUUGCACUGUCAUUCUGGCUUGCCUAUAUUGCUGGAUUGCCAAUACCGCGUUGAGUGCGGGCUUAGAAAAUAUUUCUGUGUGUCUCAAAGCCAAAGGGUAUCGCAGUAGUCCAUAUAGUCAAAGCUAGUUAGUACGUUAAACCAAGAAACCAUGCAGCUGAUUUAGAAAAUAUUUUUUAACAAACUUCAUUUGGGCAUCACAACUUACCGUUAAAAUGAGACGAUAUUCUUCGUAAUGAUUACGUUGCACUAAUUUGUUUUUAGAUUUUUAAGUAUUUUUCAGUUUAUUUAUAUUUGUAGGUUAUGAGAGAAGUGGCGUGGGUAGUUUUUGAUGAGAUUCAUUACAUGAGAGACAAGGGUAGGUUUACAAUAUGUCAAUGUUAUACGACAGACAUAUUUCGGGACUGUUGGUGGUACAUUGGGUUAAUAUAUAUGUUGCAUUUACUUUUCGUAUUUGUGACCGUCCUUCCAUCCAUCGUAGUCGCACGUGAGAAAAAUGUUUCCAUUUUAAACCAAACUGGUUUUUUCCUGGUAGGAAUAGUGUUACAACGGAAGAACUGCGGGAGAACAGUUUGAAACUGAUAGAGCUAUCCAUGCAGUAUAACUAAAGUUAGUUUAGGUUUCCUCCAGUAUAACACUGGACCAACAACGGAUGAGCCUUAUUUGACCUCUAGAGAUAAAUUUCGUUUGCUCAUACUCCUAGGAAGUACUGAAAAUAGUCACGUUUAAUGUUAUUGUUGUUGUUGUUGUGUCUAUAGAGUUUAGGAGGAACAGAUUGGAAAAAAGUUGUAACUUUAUCUGUUUAUCCUCAAUAAAUAAAAUAAAACUGUUAUUAUACCAGUUUAGAACUGAUAGAAGUUUUAUAUAUAAAGACGUGAAGUUGUGUCUCAGAACUUUUUACAACUUCGCUAGUGUGCAAUGUUUUAGUGUUUCUUUCGAAACGUUUUUUGUUAAUUGCGAUCAAUAAAGUUUGGCGGGUCUUUGUUUGACGUGAUGUGAAGUACAACAACCUUACUGCAACUUGCAACAGUAAAAACUGUUCAACGAACAUUAAGGAGACAUAUUUACACUUGUUGUUUGCCUCGUGUUGCCUACUGUUUUGUAACUUAUAUCUGGGUAUUCACGGGCCUUCAAAAUCCUGCAAAGUUCUUGAAUUUGAAAAAAAAUAAAACCAGGCGUGGAAAGUCCUUGAAAAUUAGUGCAGGUCCUUAGAAGUCCUGGAAUUUCUUUCCAGCUGUGCUGAUAAUACUUGGACAUUAUUUGGACUGUUGAUCUUGAAUAAAUAUUAGUGUUAAUUUUAAAAAGCGAAAUGUGUGCCAUUUUCAAAGAUUUUCCCAGUUUUAUGUCCUUGAAUUCACUGAAAAACGUCCUUGGAAGUCCGGAGAAAUUCCUUGAAUUUCAUCUUCGCUAAAGGGUGGAAACCCUGUUUUAUCUAAACGUGUUUAUUUAACAUGUGUUGAAAAAUCAGCAAGUUGCAGCGACUUUAUUGCUGACAGUGUAUGUUACAUGACGUUUUGUUUAGUACCAAACUAACACCAAACUUUUCAUUUCCUAGAACGUGGUGUCGUAUGGGAAGAGACAAUUAUUUUAUUACCAGAUAAUGUUCAUUAUGUGUUUCUUUCUGCGACAAUUCCGAACGCUAGUCAGUUCGCAGGAUGGAUAGCACAUCUUCAUAAACAGGUUUGUAACUUUUUCAUGAAGCAAGUUGGAGAACACCGAAGCUUUUUGUGCCUAUACCAUAUUUAUCCUGACAUGAUCUCAUAAUCAGUCUGUGUGGUUUAUUUUCCUAUUGAGAUUAGAUCAUAACUAGGGUUAGAUUAGUUUAAGUGUUAGAAUGUACAAUCUUGGGCAUAACUUAUACAAAAUUUGCAUACCCCUAAUGAUAAAUUCCCUGUAAAGUCAUCAUGUGCUUCCUAAGCUCCCACUGCCCACAACUCGAUGUUGCAUUAGCUUGUGUCAUGGUAAACUACCAACAGUUCUUUCGAAGUUGUUCACAAACUAGAACUGGGGGAGAGAGAGAAGGUGACGAACUUCGUUUUGUCAAUCUACGUUAACCUUGCAAUAUUGGGAGGAGCGGUCUCAUGGGUUAUGUCCAAGAUUAAGAUUAAGUGUUAGAAUGUGGGUUUUAAAGGAUUUGGAUUGCAAAGAUUAGGAAUAGUUUGAGAAUAAGAAAUUUCUGUAUUUAAUUUGUGGUGACAACAUGAAAACCCAAUCUUUCAGUCAUGUCUUAUUGUAUGUUAUAUUUGAUUGUUAGCCGUGUCAUGUGGUGUAUACAGAAUUCCGUCCUACUCCAUUACAACAUUAUAUCUACCCAGCUGGUGGUGAUGGCUUGUUCCUGGUUGUUGAUGAGACAGUAAGUUUUUAAAUAUUGAAUUACUGUACGAUAUGCCCCAUUCAUACCACAGACGGAGUCGACGGACGCUUUAUCAGUCUAUUCAGGCGAAAUAUGUAGACAAUCUAGCACGAUCUAUUCUAACUUCAUCUAUCGCUGGCGAGUUGCGGGUGUGAUUCCCACCGUGGUCAGGCAAACUUUUCAGCCUGCCCGGUGUGGAUAUACACUCAGAGUAACAUCCAAAACAUUACGAAGACAAGUCUCACUAAUAGCCACCUUAAAAGCAUGUAGGACGGGAACGCGACGGCAAACAAACUCGUUGAAGCAAAUGAUUGCAGAAGAAAACUUGUUGUCAGUUAUCCAUCGUAUGAAAAUAAUACUUUUUAAGGAUUGAGGUUAACACAGGGUUUGAUUGAGAAAAGUUCUGUAGGACCCAAUUUUAAAUAGCAGUUUUCCCAGCUUGAAAUGUAAGCGUUGUAUACAAGACGUGAUAAUCUGUAUUUUGCCGUUGUAAACAGAGAGAUGGCGACGUCUAAAACUUUCUUUCUAGCCGUCCUCGUUGCACUUUCGUCCAGCUUAAUAAAAGUAGUUCUUUGUAAUUAUCAAAGAGAAAAAGUUAAAGCUGUUUGUUGUCACGUACUAGAUUAAGCCUUGCUUAAGUUCCCUAUAAUACAGACUAACUACACAGAUCAUUGGUCUUGAUGGAUGAUCCGGCUGUUUUUCGCUUUUAUACACAAACGAAUGAUGAGACCAACGACGUUUUCGUUGCCUAAGUUUGUGCAAAGAGUCAUCCGCCUCUAGCAGAAAUCAGGCAAUAAAUAGAUACGUACUUAAGGGAAAAUGGUAACUUGAAGUGAGUCAACUGUGCUUCAAUUGUUCUUCGAGCGACGUUUUGCGUAUCCAAAUCACAUUGCAGUUCCAUCAUGGCUAUUUUUAAACACCAAUGGACGAUGGAACAGUUGAAUAUUUGAUAUGCAUAUUUCAAAAUAUUCAAUCUCAGUUACAUACUGUGAUUCAACUACAACUUUAUCCCGACGCAGAUCACGUCAUGCGCAGUGGACACUACAAAUUUGUCUUUCCGAAAUUUUGCCUAAGGAAUAUUUUGCGUUCUAUAGCUAUAUAGGUAAUCUCUCACAGGUAUCGAUAUUUAUUUCAGGGAAAUUUUAGAGAGGAUAAUUUCCAGAAAUCAAUGGCCGUGAUUCAGGAGGGACCUGGGUCGGGACAGCAAAGAGGAAGGAAGGGAGGAACUAAAGGUAACGAGUGACGUCAUUCGCCUAAACAUCGCGCGUACGAUGGAAUAUUUGAAAAAUUAGUAUGCACAGCAUUUGGCCACUCCAAUAUGAUCAAAGCAAUGUUUCUAAAUGUCAAAUCACAAUAUCCUUUCCAAACAUAUAGUCUUGUGAAUGUAGUCUUGUGAUCACCGAGCCUAAGGUGACUAAUUGUUUUAGUAUAAAUUCAGUAUUGAAAAAUAAUAAUAUAUACAAACGUUGUAAUAUACAAUUACUUUAUGGUUUCCGUGUUUGGAUGGCCUGAUCCAAACACGCGGGAAUGUUGCGAGAGUUAAGAAAAGCGAGCGAAAUCACGAGCCGAAGGCGAGUGAUUUUGCCCGCUUUUCUUAACUCGAGCAACAUUUCCAAGUGUUUGGAUCAGUCCAUCCAAACACGGAAACCAUAAAGUAAUUGUUUUAUAAAAUAACAACAACACGAUAGUCUUCCGUGUUUGGAUGGCCUGAUCCAAACACGGCUUUUGACCAAUCAGAACACGCGUUAUAUACAUGUUAUUUUAUAAAUAUAAUUUACGUCACUCUUCCGCUUUUGAGUCAAACGAAUCCAGCCAACGGAAUCUUGUCGCCCGAUUCUGUUAUUUUCCGGUUUGAAAUUGCCAAAUAAAUUGUUUUAGGCAUCUAAAAGGUGCUUUUGUCUUUCGGAAAUAGGUUAACACCAUAUAUUGUUGCUUCUUUUGCUUUUAGAAGAAUAGUAUGUGCUUUAAUUUCUUCAACUUUUUCUUCGAUGAUUUGUUUUGAAAGCAAUAGUUACUGCUCAGAGCAGUCUGAGAAGUAACUAUUGCCUCAGAGUUACUGCUAAGGGAGCCAAUCAGAACGCUUGAAAUCCAUUUUUCAAUACUGAAAUUUUACUAUUUACACAUGUCCUGGAACAUUAAUUAGGACGAGGAAUAAAACGUACUUUGAUGGGUAUCUUUUCACUCCGUCAAUACUGUGUAAUUGUUAAAUGUUAACUGCAUGUGGGUCAAACGUCAGCUUUUUUUUCUGUUUAAAAUCACCCUCCUGGAGAUAGUCUUUUCUCUAAACGGUGCAUGUCGGUGUCUAGAAAUGGGUUCGAAAUAGAUCUUAACAGUUUAUAUAUACUACUUGUUUUGUAUUUCAGGCCCUUCAAACACGUUUAAGAUCGUCAAGAUGAUCAUGGAGAGAAAAUUUCAACCUGUGAUUGUGUUCAGUUUCAGUAAGAAAGAAUGCGAGGCUUAUGCUCUGCAGAUGUCCAAGUUAGACUUUAAUACAGGUGGGAGGCUAGACUUUAAUACAGUUGUACUUUAUAUGGUUUAAUUCCUCCUUUGCUAUCAGUAAGGUAGUCUAAUUAUUGUGUUCUGCAGAUGUGCAAGUUACACUUCAAUACAAGUGGGAUAAAUGA